CACCAUCCGUUGCAAUAGCCUUUUGUAACUAGGAAAUCGUCUAUAUAAGCAAGAUCUCCAGAGUUUUUUACUUUUAAGUAGUAGCAGUUUCUUCGAGAUGAGAGUGUUAUUCCUAUGUUCUGCAGUUCUACUUCUGCUUGUUAACGAUGCAGUAGCACAGCAACAUGAUCCACCUGUGAGCGGUUUUCCGAAAAGUGCUUUGACACCCCAGAAUGUUUCAUCCAAGAGCGAAUCUCUGCAAAAAGAUUCUUCCAAGAAAGAUAUUAUGAAGAGCGAUUCUUCUGUGAUUUUAAAAGAACCAUCUAAAAAAGACAUGACGCACAAUGAUUCUAUUAUUCCCAAAAACGAUUUAGCGAUAAGUAAUUCUGCUAGAAGUGAUUGGAAAUAUUCACGUGUGAGAGACUUACCCCUAGAAGAUGAUCCGAAUGAUCAUUGGACACCCCAGAAUGUUUCAUCCAAGAUUGAAUCUCAGCAAAAAGAAUCUUCCAAAAAAGUUUUGAUGAACAGCGAUUCUUCUGUGCUUUUAAAAGAACCAUCUAAGAAAAUCUUGUCGCAAAAUGAGUCUAUAUUCCCCAAGAACGAUUCAACGAUAAGUAAUUCUUCUAAGAGUGAUUCUUGGAAAUAUUCAAAUGUGAUCGACUUACCCCUAGAAGAUGAUCCGAAUGUUGAUUUGACACCCCAGAAUGUUUUACCCAAGAGCAAAUAUCUGCAAAAAGAUUCUUCCAAGGAAGGUAUGAUGACGAGUGAUUCUUCUGUGCCUUUGAUAGAACCAUCAAAGGAAGCUUUGACGCGCAAUGCUUUUAUUUUCCCCAAGAACGAUUCAACGAUAAGUAUUUCUCCUAAAAGUGAUUGGAAAUAUACACGUGUGGACGAGUUACCACUAGAAGAUUACCCGAAUAGCAAGGUUCUGCCGCUUGGUAGUUCUUCAGUAAGCUUACAUAGCGAUUCCUUGCUGAAUGGUUUAUCGGCAAGUGGUUUACUAAAGAAACAUUCUCCCUUAAACCAAAAAUCCAAAUUGGAUUUCUUACUAUCAGUCCCAAACGAAAGGAAUACAGAAAUUGACCUGGACAAUGGUGUCCCCAUAUUUGGCAAACUUGUAUCACCAACUUCUGAGGCAGUAAAGGCGUUCAAAAUGAAGUUGCUGGAAGAGCACUCUAAAACGCAGAACUUACAGAAUCAGUCAGGCAGCUUACUAAGGGAUAUUCUAACCACCAGUUCUGUAGUCCUUAAAGUUCAAGAUCUAAGCCAUCAUUUGGUGGGAGAGAUGAAUGAAGUGAAUCGCAGGCUGCUGGAGAUUAAUUUGCAGUUGGAAAAUGUCCAAAAGCAGUUGAAGAAGUGCCAGGGAAGACUCACUGGUGAUGUUUUACUCCAGACUGCCGAAAACGAGGCCAAUAGGUUGGUCAAGGAGGAGAGGAAGCCCCUAAUCAGGUAUAGCCAUCGGAAUAAGUACCUAAAACUCCUAAGGGAUCUGCGGCGAAAGGUCAAGAACGAAAUCCACAAAAUCUCCCGACUAGUUGAGGAUACCACCACAACCAUGAAGCCCACCCCGGGGAUGUUCCCAACACUACCUUGGUGAUAAUCAUUGUAAAAACUUAGUUUUUAUUCAAAUACACAUGCAAAUGCAAAAACA